AUGUUUACUCAAUGGAUGGUUACUGCUCGGCCUAAUCAAGCUGGGCGUUUUAAAGAAAUUAAGUGCUGGAUUGGUGGUUUAUGUGUCUUGUUUGGGUUGUUGAACUUUGUUAUUUGUGCGGCAGAAGCUGUAGAUCCAAUAGAAAGUUUACCGAGUUCAGAUGAAAUAAUGGAAACUUUAAAGACACUUGGCUUUGAGUUUAGUCCAUCAACAACAGCCUGCAAAGUUAGACGUCACAUUCCUACGAAACAACAAAAACGCAGCUCUAACCCCAAUGCGCUUCGAAAUGUUCCUAAAUAUGUGGUUGAAGCACUUGGCUCUUCUAUCGAAUUCUCUUUGCCUCAUUAUUCAACUGAAGAAGAGGCUAUGCAAGCUUUAGAAUCUUUAAGAGAGAUAGCCUUUAUUGAAGCUGGCUCCGCCGUUGUCAACUACACAUCAGAUAAUAUAAGCUGUCCCUCGGCCAACAUACAAAUCCUAUCUCGCGUUGUUAAUAUGCUUGACUGCGAAAAACCGACUAGUUAUAGGAUUUCUAAAGAGGCCCUUCAAUUAAUCGGAUCAGUAGAUUCAAAUGCUCGUCUGACCGAAGCACAGAAUACAAUCCAGCAUGCUAAUGCCGAGUCAACAUGUGAGGUAGUCUUCUCAACGAGCAAUUAUGGCGGGCUUAUGAAUGUGUUAGAUAGUGGUAUUAUACUGCUGCGCCCAAUUACAAAAGUUAUCUUGAAGGUUGAUAGCUACCAAUACCUUUCUUAUCUUAUGCAACUACCUCUAACAAAGAACUAUACUAUUGUCUUUAGUGAUCUACCGAAAGUUCUUACUCUUGAUCUCACAGUGCUCCAAAACUUGCCUCCUAAAUGUAGAAUGAUCGCAUUUACAGACAACGGUCUAAAACUAACUUUGACUGGCCUUGAGAAACCCAUAUCUAAACAUCCAAAACUAACCCUGCAUAUGCCAUGGUAUCUUCUUGAUUAUUUGGCUAACAACAAUCCGAGUAAGGUCCGAGUUUAUGCUAUUUCAGGCAUUGAAAUCGUUUCACAAACCUAUCAAAAGACUAUUGAAUCUCUUCAAAAGCGCGAACCUGUCGAAUCUCGAAUAUUUGCCAAAAAGAUCUAUUUAAAGGCUACAGCUGAUCUACCACGCCUUUCUUUGGACUUUUAUAAGAGAUGUUACACUCGGCAACUCUAUAAAAGAGUUGGAAUUUCAGUCGAUAAAGUUAAAAUAUCUGGUUCUUUCAAACAGACGAAACGUAGAUUCAUCUGCAUUUAA